AUGGGAGACAUCUUCAAGGGCAAGUCAUUCAUCAAGAAGGAUGGCAAGUCCUUUCCGGCCGACACUGUGCUCCGGGACAAGCAGCUGAUCUGCCUGUACUUCGCCGCGCAGUGGUGUCCGCCGUGCCGCAUGUUCACGCCGGUCCUGGCGAACGUCUACAAGGACGCCAGGGCAGACAACCUGGCCAUUGAGCACGACAAGUCUCGCGGUCUUGACAAGGACGAGUUCAUCGAGACCCUGCUUUGUAUUGCAAUCGCCGAGAACUAUAAUGGAAGCACCGGCGAGUGGUGCCUCGCUUUUGCACGGGCUGAGACCGCAGCUGUGUCCGCUCUUGCCGUGGCUGCCUCUGGAUCGGAGGCAGUCUCGGAUCCUUGA